GUCUAUCGCAGCGUUCGCGCGUAGUGCGCCCAGUAGUGUAGUGCGCGAACUAGUUGCCAAUACAAUUUUCAGUGACAAUGAAAGUGUUUGUUUGUUGCCUUUUUAUAAUUGCCAAUAUCAGCAAUAAUGGAAAAGCCUCCCUUGAGAGUUUUGCGCCCUCUGGGACUAAUAUACUCUUUGAAGAUACUACGAAAAAUUUAGAUAAAGUAUCUUGCUACCGACCUUGCAAAUUUAACGUGAAGCCAAAACGGUGCCACUAUAAUUUCAAAGUGGAGCCAACAAUCCAGGAAGAUGGAAGACCAGCUAUCACCAUCAAUGGAAUGACUCCAGGACCUCCCAUCCAAGCCUGUGUCAAUGACAUCAUAGUGGUGGAAGUGCAGAACAAUAUUCUGGAUCAAGAUAUAAGUAUCCAUUGGCAUGGCAUUGAGCAGAAGGGAACUCCUUACAUGGAUGGUGUUCCUAUGGUGACCCAAUGUCCUAUAGGAUAUGGACAAACCUUCAAAUACGCUUUUGUCGCAACUUCACCUGGGACUUUCUUCUACCAUGCCGAUUCAGUGUCACAUCAGAGUGAUGGUGUAUAUGGCCCACUAAUAAUAAAUCAACCGCAACCGCUGGAACAUCACUCAUCUCUGUAUGAUUACGACAGGAGCGCUGAGAACACAUUAACAAUAGGAGCUAAAUUCCCAGAGCUGUUGACUGCUAAGCUAGAAGACGUUAGCAAAUUGAAACCAGAUGCCCUUAUUAUAAAUGGCGACGGAGAUGUCUCAAAGAUAGUCGUUAUGGCUGGGUUCGCAUACCGAUUAAGAUUCAUAAAUGCAAUUGCAACUGAGUGUCCCGUGAUAGUGACUAUAGAGAAACACGAAAUGGUGGUGAUUGCAACCGAUGGGAAACCGACCAAACCAGUUCUAGCUAGAAACGUGGAGCUACAUCCAGGUGAGCGUAUGGAUGCUGUAGUGCGUGCAUCAGAAGAAGGUGGAGGUUACUGGGUGAGGGUGCAUGGUACAGGUGCAUGCACUGGUCUCGGCGCUAACGCGAUGCUCAUCUAUUCUGGAUUUAACUACACUGCGAUGUUAGCGGAAAACCAGAACGAGUACAAGCAAGAGUCAUUCGCAUCAGACUUGGUGGUAAGCGGUCAAAUGCUGGAAUCUCUACAAGACCAGAGCCAUGCGUCGGAGGUGAAGUCAGUGUACCUUGGUAUCGACAGAAAUACAGUUCAAGUGAAAGAAGCUGAUCUUGACUUUAGAUACAUCAGUGAUGCUAUUCCUAAGAAGCCGUUCUUUCCUGCUGCUUUUGCUCUUCACGAAAAUGGCGUCGUCCAAAUAAACAAAAAGAGUUUCUUGUACCCUAACGUGCCGAUACUAUUACGCCCUCGGGACGUAAGACAGGACAUGUACUGCAAAGUAGGGGAGGAGGAGACGCAGGUGGAAGCUCAGUGCAUACAAGUGCUAGACGCUAUUGAAGGGGAAGUGUUGGAGAUUGCCCUAGUUAAUGAAGGCUUCGGCAGCAAUGACUCAUACACAUUCCACAUGCAUGGCUACAACAUGCAGGUGAUCUCCACAUGGCAGAAUCCCAAAGACAAACCGAUCUCCAAGGAAGACUUCCAGAAGUUGAGUAAAGAUGGUAAAAUAUCAAGAAAUCUCCAAAACCCACCAGUGAAAGACACGAUCACAGUGCCGAACAAAGGCUACACGAUAGUCAGAAUCAAGAUAGAUCGUGGUGGAACUUGGCUGCUGGAGUGUAGGUCAUGUGCACUCUCCUCAGUUCCCGCUGCCAUCAUGAUCAGGGUUCCAGAAACAAUACCAAAGGCUGUGGUAGACUCUUUACCUAAGUGCGGCAACUACAGACCACCGGACGUGUUACUGAACUAAAUAAUUUCUAAUAGACUGACAGUGUGCUUUGGUCUUGUGAUUUUAGUGUGUAGUAUUUAUAAGUAUGUUUGUAACUUAGGCUAAGUACUUAAUGGUGCUUCUAUGAAUAAUACUCAGUCAUAUUUUGACAGUGAAGAAAUACAUAGGUAAGAUGAGAAAAGUUUAGAAACGAAGUUUAAACUGAUUUUCAUUAUAGACAUAGUAUAAUAUCCUCUAAUAAAGAAGGCUAUGGUUACCUGGAGAACUUAAUUUAUUAAGUAUAAAAUAUUGAUAUAUUUUCAGUUCUUAAUAAAGAAAAUAUAAAAAGACUAUUCAAGACAAUUAAAUAUUCAUGCAGGCGGUCAAGUUGUCGGCAGUCAUAAACCAAACGAUACGAUAGAAAUAAAAA